UUACUAGUUGAAAGCAUUAAUUGUUUUUCUUUAUCAUUUGGUUUGAUUAUUUGGACAUUAUUGUUAAUUAACACUAAUUGUUUUUGAUUAAGAAUUGAUUUGAUAGUCGUGCUUCUCAAGUUACAUGCGAUAAUUUAGAUUCCGUUUUUAGUUACAUCGGUUUCUAGACUGAUGUAAUAACGACCAAAACUGUGAGAGUUAAUCAGAUUCAUUUUGAUCAUUGACUCUUUUUUUGCUAAUUAAAUCAAUUACAUUGUAAUACUUAUCUUAAAUUGUUUUCUACUUGAAACUUGUGAGAUUAAAAGCUCCGAAUCAACAUGACAGAAUAUCUUACCAAGUGUCUUUUCAUUGUUCUCAUAGUUUUAUCUCUAAUUGUUUUCAUUUGUUCAACACAUGGUUCAACCUUUAACCAAGCUGAAGAUUCAGAGGAUCCUGAGUAUAAACAAAUCUAUCAACCUGUUGAUAAAUCCGAUUGGAUUGAUAGUGGAGAUAUGUUCACAUAUGAUCCAUCUUCUGGGACGAAUCGUGAAUCCAAAUUCAAAGAAGCUGCUUCGAUGGUGAUACAAAUGGCCAAAGAGAGGAGAAAAACUCAACAAGAUUCAAAAGAUCAUUGCUUCAAUGAUUGUCAGGAGAUUAUUGUUAAACUGAAAGAUUGCGAAGAAUCUCAGAAAAAAGUUCGAUGUGAAUGUUUAAACAAUGAUCAUUGUGGUGCACGAAGUUAUCAAAUAAUUAGGAGAUUGAUGAUUCUAUUGAAUAAACAAUUAACAAACGAAUACUCUAGAGGAUCAAUAUUGGAAUUAAAAGUUAACCUGGAUGAUUUUUUCUUCCAGAUGCCGGAAAAUAUCAAGAAUAUAAGUGAUUGUGACUAUUUGGCUAAUCUUCAUCCACUUGCCGAUCAAAUAUUACCAUCGAUUAUUAUCUAUCAUCCUGAUCCAUUAAUUUCUCCUGAAUAUUUAUCGGUCAAAUUUGGUGCCACUGGUUUAGGAUGUUUACUAACUUUAAUAUGGCUCUUUAAAAUGGCUUGGAAAAUUAGAUUAUUAGCUCUAAUUUCAAUCUUCUUCUUUAUUACUCUAAUAUGGGAAUAUCUUCUUCUUUAUCAAACUGAAAUGGCCAAAGUUGAAGAGAAAUCAAAUCGUUUGAAAGAUAAAUGUGAAUCACAAGCUUCGAUUAAUUUUCUUGGUUGGAUCUCAUCUUUAGUACCAGUUUUAAGCUUUGGAAGUGAAAACUCUGAGUGUACCGAUUAUUACAUUUCAACUCGUGUUAACCCUUUAUUAUCGGUUAAUCCAAUUAUGGCCUUUUCAAAACUUUACGAACACACGAUUCUUUUUGCAUUAACAUUAACUGCCAACGCGACUGGCCUUUCAUUUAAAGCUUUCUUUAGUCAUAUUCCCACCUUUUGGGUACCAAUAUUCCUAUUAGCUGGUGUAACUGUAACAAUUUUCUACUGCAAGUACAGUUUUAAGUACAGAUCGAAAGCCCGAAAAUCGAAACCCCCAAAACCCAAAUCAUCAGUUCGAGUACCAAAGAUUAUUGGUCAACCAAGUACGAAAGGUUUACCAUCACCACCACCAAGAAGAGAAACAAAAGCCAAAAAACUAUCCAUUGAUGUUCCAAUUUCCCGAUAUGGUUCAACAGGAGAUAUUCUAAAGCUCUUUGAUUAAAUAAAAAGUGCCAAAAAUCCUUAAUCAAA